AAUUUACAUCCGUUGCAGUUUAAAAUGUAUGUUCAUUUGGAUUAGUUCGUUUGGAUAUGUCAUCGCGGUUACACGGAUAUUCUUCCACCAUCGUUAGACAUUGUGGAAAGGAUUAAUUUGAAUCUAAUUGAUUAGUGUUUUUCUUUUUUAGGUAAAAAGAUAUAAAUGGAAAUGAUUUAAUUUAUGAGAAGCAGAAUUUUAUGUGUUUCAUUAUAAAAAAAAAUUAAAUUAUCGAGUGCAUCUCUUCGAAACCAAGUGAAAAGUUCAAAAAAGAAGUUAUUGUAUUAUAAUUUUAAACGGAGUUUAAAUGAAAGUGCGAGUAGAAACAUCUAUUCUGUUUAAUGAGCUAACACAUUUUGGAUUAAAAUUUAGAUAAGCAGACCAGCGUUUGAAUGAAUUCGUGAUGAUGGAUCCCCGACUUUUCCUUUUAGUUAUCAUAUCGAUAUGUCAACAAAAAACCAUUUCUGCCGAAUAUCAGCAAAGUUUGGCUUUUACGGACAUCCUGCCAGAGGACACAAAACGUUAUGAUAAAAUGAGACCGCCCAAAAAAGAUGGUCAGGCAACAAUAGUUUUCUUUCACGUUACCGUUAUGGGUUUAGAUUCCAUAGAUGAAAACUCUAUGACAUACGUUGCCGAUGUCUUUUUCGCUCAAACAUGGAAAGAUCAUCGAUUAAGACUUCCCGAGAACAUGACUACCGAAUAUCGUUUGCUGGAAGUUGAUUGGCUUAAAAAUAUGUGGCGUCCUGAUUCUUUCUUUAAGAACGCUAAAUCUGUCACUUUUCAAACAAUGACAAUUCCUAAUCAUUAUAUGUGGUUGUAUAGAGAUAAAACAAUUCUGUAUAUGGUCAAGUUGACGCUGAAAUUAUCUUGCAUCAUGAAUUUCGCUAUAUAUCCUCAUGAUACACAAGAAUGUAAGCUGCAAAUGGAAAGCUUAUCUCACACAACAGAUGAUAUGAUCUUCCAAUGGGAUCCAACAACUCCGCUUGUAGUGGACGAAAAUAUCGAGCUUCCGCAAGUAGCGCUCAUACAUAACGUAACAGCUGAUUGUACGCAAGUCUACUCGACAGGCAAUUUCACCUGCUUAGAGGUUAUAUUCACACUUAAGCGUCGUUUAGUGUACUAUGUUUUUAAUACAUAUAUUCCAACUUGUAUGAUUGUCAUAAUGUCGUGGGUAUCGUUUUGGAUCAAACCAGAAGCAGCUCCAGCCCGAGUGACAUUGGGUGUUACAUCAUUGCUAACACUUUCAACACAACAUGCGAAAUCGCAAGCUUCCCUACCGCCUGUCUCGUAUUUAAAGGCUGUAGAUGCAUUCAUGUCCGUUUGUACGGUUUUCGUGUUCAUGGCUCUAAUGGAAUAUUGCUUAAUAAAUAUAGUUUUAAGUGAUACUCCAAUACCAAAGCCUAUUGCCUAUCCACCCAAACCAGUUCCGGAAGCAGCACCAAAGAAAGAAGAACCACCACCACGCCCCAAAGACGAAAAGAUCGAGAAAAUUGAAAAGAUAUUUGAUGAAAUGACAAAACGAAAAUCCGUUAAUGUUCGUCGUAUCCCUCGCCCCGAUACAUCCGAUGGACCCUGGAUUCCUCGACAGGAGAGUCGCAUUAUAUUAACACCGGGUAUCAUUGCACCUCCCCCACCACCGCCACCAGAAGAAAAGCCAAAGCUUACUCCACAACAAGAACGGCUCAAACGCGCCAUCUACAUUGAUCGAACUGCAAGGGUACUAUUUCCAGCAUUAUUUGCUUUUCUCAAUAUAACCUAUUGGAUAGUAUUUUAUGAAUACUUAUAAGCUCAAAAAACAGCGCAUAAAUAUAUUAAGGCAAUAAUAAAUGUU